CGUGCAGCUGUUUUUGAGUGGUGAGGCGGGUUGGUUGCGCGCGAGACGCUAACACUUAGCAACUCUGUUCAUGUACUUCCCUGACAGAUUUACUAAAGUGUGAUUUAAUAAAAGCUGUUCAGACUGACCAGUGGAAUGGACACGCGGAAUGUGGAGAAGUUAAACUCACCGUCUGACUUCAUGACCACACAUUUAUCAGGCAUGACCAGUGCCUCCUCUCCUCUAACCCUGCUCACGCCGUCUCACUUCACUCCUACUGUGACCUCGACCUCUACCCCAACCUUGACCUCCGUGACCUCUAUGACCCCAGUGUGUCCUUCGGUCCCCCUCCCACAUGGGGCAGAUCCAUGGGCCCUCCAGAGACUUCACCCCACACAGAGCUCACACACACCACUGAGAGAGGAGAUGGAGGAACUGAGGAGGAAGGUGGAGAGAUCAAUGGAGGAGCUCAGAGAGAGAGACACCAUCAUUAGCAGGCAGUGUACUGAACGAGAGGACUUGUGUGCUGAACUUAAGCAGAGCACACAGAAGAUAGAGCAGAUGUAUGAGCGUCACACAGCAGAACUUUCGGCUUUAACUCACACCAACUCAGAGCUGCAGAACACACUCCACACACUUACAAAGGAAGUGACAUCACUCAGGCACCAGGUGGAGGAAGUGACAUCAGAGAGAGAGAUGCUGAAGGAACAGCUGAGUGCCCUGAGUAGAGAGAAAGCAGAGCAGGCUGAGACUUUGCACAAGUUACGCAACUACAUUGGCACACACACAGGAGGAGAGGAACAACACACACUUAUAGAGAGGCUGCAGAAGGAGAAAGAAGCAUUGUGUUUAUCUGUUGAUCUGCUGAAUGUCCGAGUCAAAUCAGCUAACGACAUCCUGACACUACAGGAGAGAGAGCUGGAGGAGCAGUGUGAUUAUCUUCAUAAAGACAGGUCAUUCAAGUUGUUGAGUUUGUGGAGAGAGAAGGUCUUCAUGCUGCUCAUACAACUACGAUCAAAAGAUUCACAGCUAUACAACGAGAACACACAACUACAGCACAUGGUGUCUGAUCUGCAGCAGGAGGUUCAGAAGCUACAGUCACACAUUGCCUUACUUCAGCACAAUCUUCAGGACAAAACUGCACAACUACAGCUACACAACAUACACACACAGGAGCUGCAGGAUCAGCUGUGUAGUGCUGUUGAAGAAAAUGAAAGGCUGAAAAAGGACAAAGAGAGCAAUGAGAAAUCUACUACACAAAUUACUGACACUGUACACAGAAUGAGUGUGUGUGUUAGAGAGUGGGAGAGUCGGAUUGAAGCUGCUCAGUGUCAUAUGAGUGCUUUGACACAGAGACUCAACUUUGCUAACGCACGUCUCCACACUGUGCAGGUUUUGCUGAUGAGGAGAGAAGCUCUAUGGAAAGUCCAGCAGGCUGUAAACCCUACAGAACCCCCCCCCUCAGACAGCUGCCUUGAGAGACUGCAGUCACAGGUGUCCCUUCUGAGCUCAGAGAGAGACACACUCAACCAGGAACUAAAACGAACACCACAACUGAUCAGUAACGCACUGAGAGACCUACAGCUACAGUUGGACAGGAGCAGGGAGGAGUUGGUGGUGUGUGAGAUACGGUGUGUAGAGGCUCAUACACAGUGUGAGGAACAAGAGAGGACCAUUGCUGAGCUGCGUGCUGAGACCCAUCACACACAGAGCGUUCUUCAGGAGAAACUAUCUGAGGUGGAGAGUUUGUGUGCCAUGAAACUCAGAGAGAUGGAAAGUCAACUGAACACAGCAAGGAGAGAACACACUAAAGCAGUUGUAGCAUUGCGCCAGGUGGAGCGAACAGCGGAGAGAGAAAGACAGCAGGAGAGAGAGGUGGAUCAAGUGCGCUCAGAACACACACAGACACGCAUUACACAACUACACACACAACUGAAGGAGAAAGACAGAGACUGCAAUAUUCUACUGGCGGUGGUUCAGCAGCAGGGUUUGAUGAAUGAGUAUAAGAAGAUGAGGAGAGCAGCGAUACAGACAUCUGCAGCUCUGGUGGAUAAGCAACAAAAUAAACACCAGCAGCAGAGUGGAGAUACCAGAUACCAAGAGGGGAGUGUGUUGAGUGUGUUAUGUGAGCUUCGUUCUCUCAGCUCAGCACUCAUACACAGCACAGAUGAGGAAGAUGAGGACAACGAGGAAGAUGAGGACACCAUCAAGGACAAGGAGACACCCCCCCACACACAGAAACACUGAACACACUGGACACACACUGGACACACACUGGACACACACUGGACACGUCAGUAACCUGUGAGAUGUAGAUUUAUUGUGUUUUUUUGUUAUAAUAAUUCAGAUCUGUUAGUAAUGAGUAUUGUGGAUGUAUGUGUUUUAUUCAGAUUUGUAGUUUAAAUAAAUAAAUAAAUAAAUAAAUAAAUAAAUAAAUAAA